AUGUAUAUAUGGACAUUAACCAUUAACAAAAUAACCAGAUUAAAUGCUAGUGAUAUGUGGAGAUUACGUCAGAUUAAUCAUAAUAUAACAACAUUACCCUUGGAAAAACGUUUAAAAUUAGCUAAAUCAUGGAAUAAACAAAGUUUUGAAGAUUUAUUAAAACCAAUAUUAGUUGAAAGAAUAGUUGGUUCAGAUUUACAUAAAAAUGUAGGUAAUUUUAUUGCUAAUGAAGCAAAAAAAGCAGGUUUUGAUAUUGAAUAUGAUACUUUUAAUGAUAACACACCAUAUGGUGUAAAACAAUUUAAAAAUAUUAUUGCAACUUUUGAUCCUUCAGCUCCACGAAGAUUAGUCUUAGCAUGUCAUUAUGAUUCUAAGAUUCUUAGUGAAGGAGUAAUGGUUGCUGCAACUGAUUCAGCAGUCCCAUGCGCAAUGAUGUUAGAUAUAGCAAAAACUUUAGGACCAUUAUUAAGUAAACGCCUAAAUAAUGAUCUUACUUUACAAUUAAUUUUUUUUGAUGGUGAAGAGGCAUUUGUUGAUUGGACAGAAACUGAUUCAAUAUAUGGUUCAAGACACCUGGCAAAAAAAUGGGGUGAUGAAUAUUUUACAGAUGAAACUUGUAAUUCAAUUGGAUUAAUAAAAACUAUAGAUAGAAUUGAUUAUUUUGUUUUACUUGAUUUACUUGGAGCUCCUAAUACUAGGUUAGUUCCUUAUGCAGGACAUAAUAGUUUAAAAUUAUUUAAACUUUUAAUAAAUAUAGAACAAUCUCUUAGAAAUACAAAUGGAUUAAAGACAAGAAAAAGUAUUUUUUAUAAUGCAUUACAGUAUGGUACUAUAGAAGAUGAUCAUAUACCAUUUUUUAAAAGAAAUGUUCCAAUAUUACACUUAAUUCCUCCAAGAUUUCCAGAUGUUUGGCAUACCAUUUACGAUGACUAUAAAGCACUAGAUUUUACAUAUAUUCAUGAUAUUUUAGCAGUUGUAAAAAUUUUUACUGCUGAAUAUAUAGGUAUUUCACUAUAA